AUGUCCUUGUUCCCGUCGUUCCUGCGUGCGACGGCGCGCCUACGGGAGCCCUUCACCAAUUUCCUCACAUCGCUCCCGUCCCCACCGCUGGCGCUCGUCUCCGACUUCUUCCUCGGCUUCACGCACCACGUGGCCACGGACGCCGGCGUUCGCCACGUUGUGUUCCACGGGAUGUCCUGCUUCUCCAUGGCCAUCUGCAAGGCACUCAUCACUCGCCCAUUGGCGGCGGCCAGUAGCGUCGACCUCAGCGCUCCGUUCCACGUGCACGGCAUGCCGGAGCACGUGGCGAUCACGGCAGAUGAGAUCCCCGACGCAGUGGAGAAGCUUGCAGACUUGGAGGACCCCGUGACCCGCUUCUUCAUCGAUGAAAUCGGCUACUCGGACGUGCUCAGCUGGGGCAUCCUGGUCAACAUUGUCACGGCGCUGGACGAGGACUAUGUUGCGCCACUCGAGUCAUUCUGGCUCGCCGGCCCGCUAUUCCUCACGGCCAGCGACAUGUCGGAGCUCGAGGAAGAGGAAGAAGACCCCAAGGGCUGCCUUUCCUAG